AUGGCUUUGUCUUUACCAACAACCACGCAACGUCCUCCAUUUCAGCCUCAGCCCGACGAUGAACCAGAACUAACGAGCAUCUGUGAGAGCGGUGUGGUUUCCGCAUCUCUCCUCCAGUCGCGGGACAACUGGCUGAACUCCAUUUUUGAACUCUACACUGGACGGACGCGACCCAAUUGUCCUCCCCCUACUUCCUCCCCGUGCGGUGUUUGCACUAUCGACAUCGGGCCGCACAUAUUCUGCGAUACGAGCUUCUAUGAAGUCCACUAUCCUCCUUCCCAACUUGAAGGAUCAGCCUCUACCUCUGCUCGACCAUCCUGGUCAGCAUCUAUUCCGAUGCCCAACUCGGAUAUAGUCCAUGCUGUAAAUGCAGCGGCGUCAAGUAAUCCCACUUUCGCCAACUUGCUUCACAUUGCUGCAAGUGGGCAAGCUACUCCGGACCAACUACAAACACUCGGUCUACUCAUUCAGUCGCUUCCUCCUCCACGACCGCCACCACUUGCGCCUACUACUGCGCUGGCUUACGAUAUCGUGUUUCAAUAUGCAGAAACACCUUCUCAGCAGUGUAUCUUACCUCGCGUUCCCGCUGUCUGGGAAAAAACUGGUUCCAGAGGAGAUUUCGCUCUGACGCUUGCCAUAAAGCCUCCUAAUUCAGCUGUGCCUGACCUUCAAAUCGUCACAAUAAAUUUCAGGCAACCACAUCCAACCUUGAGCGAAGCCAUUUCACGCUGGGUAGGGAACGCAAGAGAAAAUCCUCAGAUAAUUAAGAGGGUAAAGGAGCAAUCAAGGAGAGUCUACCUCACUCACAGAGUGCCUCGCGACCAGAUUGUCGCACAGCUAAAAAUGUCAUCAGUUCCCAACUACUCAAUGACCUCAAUCAAACCGCAACCAGUGGUCGAACCCCCUCUGAAUCCACCUCAGCGCAAACCUCGCAAGCCACGAACGACCACUGAGACAGAAAAUAAUACUGCGACACCGUCUCAGCUCGAAGCACCCGUAAAGAGAAAACGAGGGCGACCCAGAAAAACGGAUAUAGUCAAGUUAUCUUGUACAACCUGCCAGGCCACCGAUGUCCCGCUUGUGCUUGGUGGCCGAUUUUGUCGGCCGUGCGUGGAGGCGGGCAAAGCCGUUGAUCGAGAGGCCGUACAACAUGUCUUUUCCGUGGAUCCAUCACGCGCCACCCAGGAGUCCUGA